GACACCGAAGGACCAGCGGCGAAAGGACCCGAUUUAUGGGCUCCAAACCUCGUGAGGUCCCCGGGAUGGCAUGCAGCGCGUGCUACUACUUGGUUAUCAGCUCCACGCACCUGAGCAAUGGACACUUUCGGCGCGUCAAGGGGGUCUUCAGAGGACCACUCUGCCCCGCUGCAACCAGUGAUUCACCGGAAUGCACAGAGAGGGCUUUGGGUUGCUCAGCGGAGGAUCUGAAGGCUCUUUUCUACUGUGAGCUGUGUGACAAGCAGUACCUCAGACACCAAGAGUUUGACAACCACAUCAACUCCUACGACCACGCUCACAAGCAGAGGCUGAAGGAACUCAAACACAGGGAGUUUGCUCGAAAUGUGGCCUCAAAAUCGUGGAAAGACCAACGCAAACAGGAGAAGGCUCUCAGGCGUUUGCACCAGCUCGCACAGCUGCAACAAGAAACUCAGCGAGUCCCGAGAAGGACCUACGGGCUAAGGCGUGCACUCAGAACUGUAAGCCAGCAGCAGGAUAAAGAUGAGUCCAAAAGAGAUCAUAGCCUUGGGGCUAAAUCUGAAACCACCAACCAUUCACACCGGCCCCCCACGGCACAACCUUGUAAACCUUCUCUCAUUAACCAGUCUAAAGAUCCAUGCCAAUCUCCUUCCCAAACACCUCUGGCUACAGUUCUGGCAGAAUCUCCUCCAAUCAAUCUGCCCACACUCAAUACCGAUCCUCCUGCCUUCAACUCCCAGCCUUGCCACAGCUUGUGUCCCCAGCCGCCUCCUCCUGCACAGGGGAGAGUGGGAGGCAGGCUCGGCGUCUCCUUCUGCUUUUCACGUAGGGGGCCAAGACUGGAGCCUUCCGCCUCUGUCUUCUCGGACAUGGAGGAGGAGGACAGGGAGAAGAGGGAGCAAAUGAAGGAAAGGAUAAAGGAAAUCAUGGCGGACAUCGACAAGGAAAUUAGAGCGGCAGAUGAGAGGAAUCGGAGCGAGAGUGAAAUGGAAAAGUCAGGCUCUGACAGUGUCUUACAGGGUGAUAUUCGAUCAAUUCCCAGAGAGUCCGCGGAAGAGGAGGAACAGAAUGGAAAGAGAGACGUAGCGAAAGAACAUUUCCCCAUUUCCACCACAGCCCCUGAUAAUCAGAGCCACGAUUCACUUCUUUCAUCACUGCAGUCCCAAACCCAGGUGACCAUAUGGAGCACAGCAUUAGCGCUGGCACAUAUGGACUCCAAAGACACGGACGGCAAGGCAAAGAUAACGCAAGGAGAAACAGAGAAGGGGAGGGGGUUAAGUCAAUAUGUGUGUGUGCUGGGUAAAGACGAAUCCACGAGUUUGAAAUGGCCUGUCAGUUUGCUUAAGUUCACCAAGUCUCAACCUCACAUCUCGUACAGCUGCAACCCUGGCUGCUUAGACCUUCAACAACCAGAGAAACUCACAGUUGAUGUACAGCAGUCACAACAGGAUGAGUCAAAUGCAUGUGUGCCAGCUAGUCUUACACAGGAAAGUAAUUCUUGUACUCAAAGACAGAUGAGAUAUAAGCAGAGAGCACACAGACAGAAAAAAGUUGAAGAGGCUUUCCAGGAGAAUAUCGAAGUGGAGGCAGAAGCAAGCCUGUUCCUUGAGAAUAAAAGCCUUUCAUCACUGGAAACGGCACACAGGAAAGAAAGUUGCAUGCUAAGUAUGGAGAAAUGUGUGAGGGCAACCCCCCAUCCGCUGGACCGCACUCACAGUGACAGCUCAGACACGAACUCCCAGAAUCCACUGGGAGGUAGAUUAGAGGGUGCAAGAGGGAUCAGGGAGAGAGCCAUCACAGCCUUGAGCUGUAAAUUAGAGUCUGUCACCCAGGCUGGCACACAGGGGAUGUGCAUCGGGCCGUCCAGGUGUGAGUGUGGGAGUGAGACAACAUGCCAGUGUGCCAGCGCUCCACAGCCGUACGUGGGCGUCUCAGAAGCAUCACGCAAAAAGAGGAAAGCCAGCAAAAGGAAUCAUAAGCUGGGUAGGAGAAAGAGGGGUGAGAAGAUGGGAAAGGCUUCGACCGAGCGCCGAUCAGCAAGGUGCAAAGUGAGGAGCGUCGUCUCCACCGUCUCCACUGGAGGAGAGCGGCAAGGAGAAGCUGGAGGGAGGUGGGGGAAAAAAAAGAGGCAAAGAGAGACAAAAAUAAGGAGGGCGGGGAGAGCAGGGAGCAGCUGUCUCCUGGGGAGAUGUGAGGCAGAGCCGGUGUCUGUCUCUGUCAGGAAGAGGAGGUCUCAUAGGAGCUACAGUACUGAAUGGCAGUCACAGCCAGACAGAGAGCAGGCAGAGCACUCCAGCUCCUACUCCAUGCUCAGCAGACACACAGCAGACAGAAAUACAGGCGAGGAGAGGCAGCGAGACGGGGAUGCAUUGACUUUUCCCUGGCGAUCUCACUUCUACUCACACUCCUUCUCACCAGGAUGUAACUCAAAGCUGUUUUGGGAAAAGGGUCACCAUAGCAACCCCAGGAGUUUCAUUGACUGCUGUUACCCUGACAACAGCUGUGUUAGCAGCCCUGUGAAAAAGAGAAAACUCCUCCGUGGGGACAGGAAUUUCAUUCACAGUAAGCAGAAGAGUUUGAAGCAUUGUAAAGUCUGGCAGGAGAGGCGAAGGAAAACAAGAGGACAUUCAGGCUGCAGAGAGAGAGAAAUGAUUUCAGAUGCUGAACAGUGGGAGUGGAUUGAUGGGAGUCAUCCAGGCGUUAACGAGGAGGGGAGAUCAAGAGCGAGGUGGAACUCAAAAAAUAGGGUGGUGGAGUGGGAUCAAGUGGCCGGGUUCAGCCCCAGUCCGAACAGCUGGGGCAGGCGGCGCAGGCACCUCAGCACGGAAGAUGUAGAAUGGGACAGAUGCAGCGUGGACAGAUGGACAUGGGGCAGCAGCGACAGCUGGGAAGAGAGGGGCACACACAGGUCCACGUCAGACUUCAAGACGGGCGCAGACAGCACAGACAGCCAGGGAGGUGCGUGGAGAUGUGCAAGUACCAGACACUCAAGUUCAAGACAGUUCUCAAGCCCUGAGUGGUGGACAACCCGACAGACGUACAGCUGCCAGGGCGUGAUCGACACCCAAGGCAGCAGAAGCCACAGCCCACGCUCCUGUAGUCCUUGUAGCAGCACCAGCAUGUCUGAGCUCAGCUGGGAGUGGAGCCGGAGCAGCACCUGCUCCACAGGCAUGGUGGACGGAUUGACAAGUAACUCCUGCAGUUCGUCUUCACGGGCUUCUCAGGCCCCUCAAGAGGCCAGGAAGCACAGCAGCCCCACAGACGCUUCUUCUGUUUUUUCCUCAAGCCCUCUCUCCCAUUCCUCAUCCGACAAAUCCACGUGUGCUGCAACAGUUCCAAGUUUCAACUCAUCCCAGUGUGAUACAGUUUCUUCAAGAUCAAAGGAGCCUGAUUCACAGCCUGAUUGUGGCCAAAGGCCUUCUGCCAAGGUCACCGCCGACAGCUCAGGCUCCGCUCUUCCAGAACCACCUCCCAGUGAGUCCAUGCCACAAAAACCAGCUAAGAUGCUGUUUUUCCCUCUGAUAGGAAAAUUACCAUCAAUCCAAAGAAAGGCUCAGAGGAAAAAAGGAUUACUGGAAAAAAGUAAGGAGGACACAGAAAAGAACGACAAAGUCAAAAGCUCUGGAGAACAUCCCAGGGAAGCGACUCCGGACAGUCUAAAAUAUCCCCUGGACACAGUUGACUCAAACCCCAGCAGUAUGCCAAAUCCCUGCCCGUUGCAGAUUAGGACUGACGGCCAACAGACAGGUGGAGAGACGGCUCUACCAAUCAGCUUUACCGCUGAGGAGAUGGACAAAUAUCGCCUGCUGCAGGAGCAGGCGAGGGAACACAUGCAGAAAGCGCUGGAAAAGACGCAAGAAUGGACAGAUACACACACACAGACUAAUUACACACCGAAAGCACAAACACAGAAUUGUGGGACUUCAGAAGAUCAGUACACACCUGCAUCUUUGCACAACCUUCCACAGUCUCAAAUGCAGUUAAUGCAUACAGAUCAAAUGCAAAGACAAGUGCUACAGCAUUCGCUGGAGGUCAGUCUCCCGCUUCCCCAUGUGCCCCCGCAAGACAUUUUCACUCAGCCAUUGGCUCAAGCCUUUCCCAGCCUGACCCCAGUCCCACAGUCACCCCCUCUCUCCGACCUCCAUCACAUCAUUUUACAGCACGCGGGCCUCGCCAUGGACCCCCACGCGUCCCCCACGACCAGCCCGCCCCCCCCUGCUGCCAUCCACCCGGUUCAGCUUCCACAGCCGUCCCACCCUCGUCACCCAAGCCUCCCUCACUCCCUCCACCUCUCCCCCUUCUCGAUUUCCUCCCUGUUUCCGUCCAUCGUGCUAUCCCCUCACCCUCUUCCCCUCCUCCCCCAGUCUGCCACUUUCCACGCAGCCCCUCUCACUCCGCUGUCCCCGGUAGUCCUCCAGCCGUUGAACCCACAGCCUUUCAUAGACAGCUCGUGGCCAGUGAAGUUUCAGCAGAAGGCCUUGUGAUUUUCACUGAGUGGUUGCCAUAUUUUUUAAUCUUCCUUGGCAACAC